ACAAACAUCACCUGAGGAUUUAAUGCUCUAAGAGAGCUUCAUCAAGAAUGAACACCGAUUGGACUUUCUGCAGUUGUUCAUGGAUAUGGGAGGAGGACAUUAUAUUCAAGAACGAGUGCAAUAAUUCUGAGUGGACCACAGAAGAGGAUAAAGAAUUCGAGAUUGCUCUUAAACUCUACAACAGCAAUCCCGCCCGUUGGGAAAGAAUCGUGUCGACAAUUCCGGGAAGUACAAUUCGAGAGGUGAGACUUCACUAUGAAGAAGAACUAACCGAGAAUGUCCUAAAAAUCGAGCCAAACAUCAACCAUGACGAUCACAAGCAAGAAAUGAAACUGUCGAGAAGUGUGGACAAAGAGGAGGAAUAUAGAAGGCUGGAUUCGACAAGUGUGGAUGGCAAAAUCGACAUAGGAAAACAGUUGGAUAACCGGUCACCGGUAGAAGAGGUUGUUUCUGGUUUGUCUAACAUUGGGUCUACAUUGCCUGAGAUGGUGGAUGAUCCGGAUGUGUUUGUGUUGCCCCAUUAUUUAGAUUAAAUUUUGUGGUAUAUUUAUGUCUUGCUUGGCUAAAUUUGGUCUUUUGAUUGGAACUUUUCCUUUCUCAAUUUUUAUUCUUUUUGGGGUUUGUGUUUGUCUUGCCCUAUUAUUUGGAUUGAAUUUGUGAUAUAAAAUUAUCUAUGUAUAUCUUGAC